AUGUCUCCAGAAGGAAUGAACGAACAUAACAAUUCGUUGGAAGACCUCAUCUUCUUCCACACCAUCGACAUCUACAUUGGGCUGAUCGGAGUGUUCCUCAAUGUGCUGUUACUGUCAGUGUUCUUCAGUAAACGAGCGUUCUUUGCCAAAAACAAGGUGAGUCCGGUUUAUGACUGUGUUUUAAGUGAAUGUUUGAUGGAUUUGGAAUAUAAAAUUUUGUAAAAUUUAUUGCUAUACCUACUUCAACACCUUUAAACCUUAAUUUAUUAACUUUAAAGCCAAAAAGCUGACAAUAAUGAUGAUAACGCUGAGUAAUAUUACUAUCAAGUUUUUACCAUUCUGUUUUUUGGAAAAGUCAAAUUAUAUUUCCAAGUUUUGUUUUCAGAUGCUGGUAGUAUUAGCCUUGGGGGAUUUGAGUGCUUGUCUAGGCACUUUUCUGCUCGGUUACACCCGUAAAUCCAUAUACCAAGACGAGCUAAACAACACUCCAUUGCCAAUACAGGUAAACAACUCAAGUGUUUUUGCAUAUUUUGGCAUUUUUAAGUUUAGUUAACUUCAAAAUGUAUGUCAAGUUUGAAGAAGUUCUCAAAAUGAACUUGAAAAUAGUUAAAUUAACUCACAAACACUCAUAAGCUAAUAGUCAAUUGCAAUAACAUCCCCGAUACAUCAUUUUUAACGUCAAUCAGAUGAAUUGUUUCAAGUGUCAUCACUGACUGGGGGCAGCUGCUACUUUUACUACAAAGUCUUAAUUGUCUUGACCCCAAGAGUUCAAGUCCUAUUUUAAAAAUGACUUUCGAGAAAUGUUAGUAUUAACCUUAAGGUUAAAUGUUACAUUAGGCAGAAUGUGCAAUUAAGCAAUUAACAAUAUUUAGUGCGAUAUAAAUAACUAAAGUAAUCUUUUACUUUUAGAGUGUUCAAACAAAAAAGACAAUAAUUACUGCCAUAAACUUUCAUACUCUUGACUUGAACCACAACUUUAAUAGCUCACAUAAGCUUUCAGACGGCCUGGUCAUGUACUCAGAAGUGGUUUGUGUGGUUUCGGUUGUGGGGAGCUGUUAUCCCAUCAGCUGCCGUUCUGUGGAUUGCCAUCGAACGCCUUCUGGCAGUGUUCGCCCCCAUCUUCUUCAGAACUCAUAUCGUUAAAAAGUGAGAACCUCAUUACUUUUAUGUUGUUCUUGCGACAAUUGACGUGGAAAACCAUUUCAAUUUCACGCAGAAAUUUACUUCCCGUUUGAACGGUUCAGAAUAAGAGAAAAAUGACAAAACAAUGCAUUUUGUUGACCAAACAGCUACUACAAUAUAAAUAAGCUGCCACCGAAAUUAACAUUAAUAUAAUCACCGCAAUUUUCAGCCCAACCCGCUCCUGUGUCCUCGUCCUAACCUAUGCCUUGUUCAUCACAAUAUCAGCUUUUUUCAUUGCUCAUUCUCGUCGCCUUCUUACCGUCAAAAACUACUGCGGUAGAAAGGCAUCGUUCUCGAACACUUUCUCGACCUAUAUUUACAUCUCUGCAAUCACUGGCUACACUCUUGCCCUCGGGCUUAAUUGUGUCACUCUUUUGAAAUUGAAACAGAUGCAUUCCAAGAUGAAGAACAGAGAACUACAAUCACAUUUCCGAAUUCUACGCUACAUGGUAUUAAUAUCGCUGAUAAGUACAUUAGCCGUCAUUAUACCUAAUGCACUUUCACUGUUCGGCGCAUUCUAUGGAAGAGUAAGAAUUGUUUUACUAUUUAUAAAAUUAAUUUUUUAAAUUACUGGUAUUGUUUUACUACUUUUAGUUUACCAAAAAUAAUUAACAAUACCAGACUUUUAAAACUAAACUAGUCCUAUAACGUCCUAUAACCCUACUUUUAACCUUUUCCUUAUUUUAGGUAGAUAUCGCAGUCUCAGAGACAGCCAACUGGUUUGGAGCAGUGAAAAGUUCAGUCAACAUAUUAAUCUACUUUGUUUUGAAACCCGACUUCCAAAGCCGUGCUCUAAAACUUCUCAGACUCGUACCCAAAUCGAAAGCCAGCGAGUACGAGUCUCAAAUAGUAUCAAAGUCCAGUCCUGAACUAAUGCAACACUCACUUCUCUCCAACUGA